UCAAUUCGAGUCAACAACACCAGAAACACAACCAGUCACAGAUCAGUCAGAAAGCACUCAGUCGGAAGGCACUGAUCAACAGUUGACUACCACGCCUCAAUUCGAGUCAACAACACCAGAAACACAACCAGUCACAGAUCAGUCAGAAAGCACUCAGUCGGAAGGCACUGAUCAACAGUUGACUACCACGCCUCAAUUCGAGUCAACAACACCAGGAACACAACCGGUCACAGAUGCAUCAGAACGAACCCAGUCAGAUGGUAGUGCUGAACAGUUGACUACUACGCCUGAAUUUUCAUCAAUAACACCCAGUUGGCCUAAUAUGAUAAGAAUAAAGGAUCUACACAACAUUGAAUUCAACCUUAAAGGUCGUUGUAUUUAUGCCUCCUUUGCAUCUGGUGGUUAAAUGUUUAUUUAACCAAGACGGUGUAUUCCAUAUUUCGAAAAAGAAACAGUACGAAAUAUAUAUUGAAACAAAAUAUUCUGUUAAAUCAAAUUCAACAUACUUAAAAACCUUGAGAAAUUUUAGAAAACAAACAUUAUUUUCUUCACUAGUAAAUAUCAUAAUUGUAAUAUCUCGUUUAAUUGGAUAAUCAUAUUAAAAUAACAUGAUAUAUAAGAUAAUAAAUAAUAAUAUUAAAUUC